GUUGUUUUUACGGCGUGUGUCGUGAUCGCUGACGUCGCGCGGUAUGUGGAAAGUGGCAAUGUCGGAGGAGGUGGGAAAGGCGAUCCAGUCCGUGGCCGAGCGGGUGAAGCAGGCUGCUGCACGCCGGCAGAAGACUCUGCCCUCUGUCUCUCCUCGCCUCGUCGCUGUCAGUAAAACCAAACCUCCUGAGAUGGUGGUGGAGGCCUACAGGCACGGACAGCGCAACUUUGGAGAAAACUACGUAAACGAACUCGUCGACAAAGCUUCAGAUCCUCUUAUUUUAGAAUCCUGUCCAGACAUCAAAUGGCACUUCAUCGGACAUCUUCAGAAAAAUAAUGUCAACAAACUCUUAGGAGUUCCAAACCUGUUCUUGGUUGAGACAGUGGACUCGGUGAAGUUGGCCGAUAAAGUGAACAGUUCCUGGGAGAGGAUCCGAGGAGGCAGCCCCCAAAAGCUUCAGAUCAUGGUCCAAAUCAACACCAGCGGAGAGCAGAGUAAACAUGGGCUCCCCCCUGAGGACACAGUGUCCACAGUGAAACACAUCGUCUCUCGCUGCAGUGCUCUUCACUUCACUGGACUCAUGACCAUCGGUCGCUACGGCUACGACCUCACCCUCGGACCCAACCCUGAUUUCCAGAUGCUGAUCAGUCGGAGGCAGGAGGUAUGUGAGAGCCUGAAGUUGCCUGUGGAGGAGGUGGAGCUCAGUAUGGGGAUGUCCACAGACUUUGAACAUGCUAUUGAAGUUGGCUCCACAAAUGUUCGUGUUGGGAGCAUCAUCUUUGGAAACAGAGAGUAUCCGAACAGCGCCGCCAACACUCCGACCCCCAGCCCCGAGAAGACAUCCAAAGUGGUGUGUGAGGAGGCGGCCCGCAAAAUGCAACAGCACCUCACUGUGUCCGACCACUGACACUACAGCGACAGGAUUAACUUCACCUAAACUACUGAGCUGACUGAGCAGAGCCAGGGCACAGCGACGUUAACACACUUUAGAGAUGUCACGUUUCUAUGAGUCACAUUUUUAGGAUAAUUUUAACAGGAAUCACAGGGUCCUUCACGAUUCGAUACAAUUGAUACUUCAUAGUAACACUACGCUGGGGGUGUUCUACGUGUAUUUGUCUGGCUGAACAUUCAUCAGUUACCGUGGUGAUACAGUGCACACAACGGCAAACAGCCAAAAAUGUUAUAAAACAAAAUGGAUUUAAAGAGCACAUUUUCAGGAGCCUGUGAUCAGUCUGAGCGUUCAUGGUCUGGUUUAGGAGUUUGAUUUUCAAGCUGUUAGCUAAUUCUAGAUGACAUCAUCUGUAAAGUAUCAAUAAUUAAUAAAGCUCACGAUAUCGAUACUUGACCAUAUAUUAGAACUAGUACUAGAAUGGUUUGGCUUUAGCGCAGGAUGUCUAACAAUAUCACUAUUUUCUAAGCGUAAGCAUUUUUAUUGGUUUGUACAGUUUUUAUGUCCCAAUAACCUAAUAAUUGCCUGAACUCCAGGACACAUGCUUGUCCAGUAUUUACAAAGAUGUGACUCUGGCCACCACUGAAUUUCUCUGAGUUCAAGGAAGUGUGAUUGACAGGUGGAUUAGCCAAUCAGGGACAUACAUGCUGUCUGUAUCAAAACAAAUAUGUCUGCUUAUGAGGGACAAAAAAGGACAAAGACAUCACAGGAGCCUGAAAACCAUGGAGGAUUUCUACAGAAUCAAUGAGUGAAGCACUAAACUCUGUUCAAAAUGAUGUUGACCAAUGACACAUGCGUCACUGAAAUGAGCAAAUCUGAUUGGACGAUGGUGCCAAAAACUAGUUUGGGAAAAUAUUAAAAAAUAUAUUGUAAUGAACUGAUAGAGGUCUGUGAAAUCACUACGAUGUCAACUUAACAAAAGUCUUAAUUCACUUGGUUACGUUGUAAAAUGGUGGUACUGUGGCAGAGUGGUUAGCCCUCCUGCCUCACAACAAAACUGUCCCAACUGGGUCCUGUAUGAAUCUAUAGUAUCAAACUAUGUUCUUAGGGGUGGGACAAGAUACAUUUUCCACAAAACGAGCCGAGACAUGAGACUGGUUCUACGAGCAUGAGGCAAGACGAGAUUUUGACAUUAUAAUAUUAGAAUAUAUUUAAUUCAUGAAUUGUGUGAUCUAGUUCCCAAUUUUGGCCUCAAAAUUUCUGAUAAAUGGUCACGUUUUUCUAUAGCGCUUUUCCACCUUCAAGGCACUCAAAGCGCUUUACAACAAGGAACCACUCACCCAUUCAUAGACCAGUGUACGCAGACACUGUGGGCAAGGUGGGUUAAGUGUCUUGCCCAAGGACACAACGGCAGCAUUCAUCUGUGGGAGCUGGAAUCACAAAAGCCAACCUGUGGGUCAGUGGAUCUGACCACUCAACCUGUGAUGUUUAUGUCAAGAGCUGGAAUCAAACCACCAACCUUCAGAUUAGAGGGCAAAUGCUCUACCAACUGAACUACUGCUGCACCAUUUUUGAUUUAUUUUAUUUAAUAUUUUUGCUGACAUAGUUUUUUGUCUCACGAGAGCUUAUCCCAUCCCUAAGUCUUUGAUUUCUAUAUUGUUUUUAUAGCCUGGCCUGCCAAGACUGCACACUUUUGUUUCACAUCAGAAUAAGGUCUAAACAGUGACAUUUUUUCAUCAUUAUUGUAAAAAAAUGGGACAUGUUUAGAUGUGUACAGCUUAAGCCUUAGCCCGAUGAGUUGUGCUCUUUUAACAUGCUGUACAGAUUUAGAAUGGACUUUGAUUAAUUUACUUUAGGCUGAAAUCUUCCAUCUUUAAUUUGUCUAGCUUACCUAAGGCCAAUGAGUGACUUAUCUUGAAUACACGAGUAGACAGAACUCAGACGCUGUAGCUACAGUUUGAGAAAAAUCAUAUUUUUAACUAAAGAAAAUGCACUGCAAAAAAUAUAUUUCUACAAGGGUUAAAAUUCAAAAUAUUAACCUGGAUUUGAACAAAUUUUACUAGAUUUAUUCACUUUUAUUUAACUUCAUAAUAAAGGAACAAAGUGCUUUCCUUCUUUAAGGGAGUACAGUAGAAUGCAUUUAAAGGCACACUAUGUAACAUCUGCUUGCCUUCUUUGAGAUAGUAUUACUUUGCUUAGAAAUGUUCCACAGUAUGCCAUUACACUUGUAUAUCCAUAUAGACGAGCAGGUGCCAAAUUCUGGUCUAGUCAGAUCUGUGGAGAGGUGACCCCGCUCAAUAGUCAGAUUUCAUAUUUUUCCAAUGUUUUUUUUAGGAUUAAACACCCAUAAUUGAAUACAUGCAAAAUGGUUUAAUGCUAUACUGUGGUACCUUCUAGGCAAAUGAUGAUUUCCGUGGAGAUUAAGCAGGUCUACCAGAAAGUUCUAUAGUGCAUCUUUAAGUAAUUCUGUGUAGAUGUAUAUUUUUGCAGUGUGGCCAUUACAUUUUGUACAUAUUAAAAACCCAUCACUGCUCAACUGUCGUCAUGUCAAAUGUCCCAGAGCUCGCCGGAUUUGAACCAGCGCUCUGUUUUUGUUGUACAGGUGUAAAAAAGGCUUAAAUGCUCCCUCUUUGUGCUUUAUUAGGCCUUUUAGAGGAUGGGAGGGCAUCUGACACACAGGGAUACAGGAGGAGGGAGGGCAUCUGACACAAAUUGAAUACCGUCUAAAAGCUCUGAUUUAGCAUAAUAUGGGAGUUUUGUACAUAGAGGCGGGUGAUAUGACAGCUUUUACUGAGAACAAUGCUGAUUUAUUUCUUAAUUCCAAACAUUGGAAAACCCAAAUUAUAAUAAACCUGGCCACCAUGGUUUGUUAUAAUUUGGGUUUUGUGUCAAGACUGUUAUCCAAUCAGGAAGCAGAAUGAGCCUCACAUUUGUGUUUCCAGUUUCAAUGGUGAAAUCCAGUUGGUUUAAACCUAAAAUCUGAAUGGGCUCUAACUAAAGCCCAGCACCUGCACCAGUUAUGAGUCCGUGCUAGUGCAAAAUUCUGGAGAUUCUGAGCUUCACGUGAGGCCUGUCCAUAAACUGAGAAUGAGAUAAAUGCAGGAUGUGUCUCUCUGCAGGUGAAGGCUCUGGAGACACGGGGAACUAAAGUGUGAGUAAUGUUUGUCAUAUGGCCCCUCUCUAUCACCACAGAUCCCUUUAUAAAGAGGCGUAGUAUUUCCUUUGUUUUGUAAGGUGUUUGUGAGUGGUCAAAUCUUUAUUCUUGAUAUUAAAAACAAAAGCGUGCUUUGUUUAAAACGUUGAAGUCUCGUAAAAGUGUGGUUGUGUCUGCGCUGUGGAGCUAUGCAAAGAUGUACAGAGACAUUUGUGUCAAAGGAGAGUGUCCAAAAUGGGCUAGAAAUAAAAGAUUUUAAGGUUA